AUGAAAACAUCCAUUCCGGCUAGUCAGCUCAAGCUGCCUUAUGGAGCCCGCAUGAUACUCGGCAAAACACUUACAGAGAUGAGUAAUGAACGAAGAGGAGCGCUCCGAUUCACGUGUGCAAUAGCUCUCCUCCCUUCUCUGUUUCCGCUGUCUGCAAUAAUGAAAUACCUAAGGUUCGAGGGCAAGAGAGUAGUCUUUUUGAGAGUUUCAGUCAUAGUUAGGUCGUCCUCAGGCUAUGCAGCUGGAGUGAUGACGAGCACAUGA